CGCGGGAGCGAUCGGCGCAAUUCCAACAACACCCUCGAAGACGAUGAGGCCUCGCCACGGCGCAACACUCAUGCUUGUCCUUGCGUUGGUGACGUCGCGCGCCGCCGUAUUAGCAGAAAACUCCACCAUCCUGCCACCGGAGACUUCGACGCCUGAGGUCACGACUGCGCCACCCACACCGACAUCCGCCGCACCAUCACCACCUAUUCCGACAACUACUCCUGCACCGCUGACAACUCCACCACCAAACACUUCAUCUCCUUCUACCUCGGAAGCUCCCAAAACGACCGCGCCAAUUGUCACCACAUCCGCUGUAUCGACCACUGUCGCGCCAUCAACAGCAUCUCCGACACCCACCGACUCGUCGUCGGAGGUUAACACAACCGUGUCUCCCCGAAACACAUCCACAAGUGCUCCCAAACCCACCACAGUCACUUCCCCCGACGAAUCCACACCAUCGCAAACUCCAUCUUCGUCGUCAGUGAGUGAGGAAACUGCUUCUGUCUCUCGCAAACCUUUGACCCCGAACUCUACGACACCACCUCCCACGAAAUCCGCGACGACUUCUGAGGCGACAGACUCGUCAAACACAACAACUCUCAUUGUUGCUAUCAUCGGCGGCGUCGCAGGUGUAAUGCUUGUCGCGAUCGCGUUUAUCCUGUUGCGUCGUCGGCGAUCUACCUACGACGACGACGAUGUCUUGUCGCCGCCCAACAAGAGCACUCGACCGACGCAACAAGAACAGCUCUUCCUCGCCCUAGGUGCUUCGGCGCCUUCUACCCAGCAGCAGCCCUCGUCGUCGACGUCGCCGCCAGUGUUUUCGCCCGUUGGGUCGCGCCUCAGUCAAUCAAACCCGUACUUCCAGCAAUCGCGCGUCUCCCCGCCCAAGUACCCCUCCGACGGGUUUGUCUCGAAUGCCCAACGGUUGUCGUCACCGCCGUUCCACGCGGCCGCCGCCGCCCAAGGCUAUCAUUUUGACUCGGAAAGUAUCUGCGAUAGCGCUGCCUCUGGCAACUCGCACAAUUUGUGGGUGAGCGCGAUGGAGUCGAAUCGCACGGACAGUGCCGUCAAUCAUGAGCCUGUUGCUCACCAAGACUCAACCAACAGCCUUUGGGACGACGACGAUUCGAACGCGCGUGCAAGUAGCAGUUCGUACGAUCGCGGCGACUCGUUCCUCAGCGGGUCCAACUUCGGUUCGUUCAACAAUAACUCGGAUCGCAUGGGCGACGAGUCCCCAUUUGAGUAUGGCACCCCCGCGCCGCCGGCGUUGUCGAGAAACAACUCGAUCACGCUUUAAAGGCAUGUCCUGAUGUGGACGAGGGAGGAAAAGCAUAUUGUGACCCAAACAUGUUCAUUUGUCGUGCUUUGGCCUGUACAUUGAGAAAAAUGUGAAUUGGGAAGGAGUACCUGUGAAGAAUGCAGUAAGACCAGAGCAACGGCGAUGGUGCAAGUGCGCAAAAGG